GACACGGUGAAUAAAAAGGAACCAUCUCUCUGGUUUCUUCUCUACAUUGUGGUCACAAAUUAUAGGCGACACCUCUUGGUUGGACUUGGGGGGGUUUCUGACGACUGCCUUGCCUUUUGCCUUGAGAUCUGCUGGAGGAAUCAUGGAGGGAGCGGUUUCAGAGAAACAGGCGUCCUCUUCCUACACCUAUUGGGUUAGGGAAGCGAGGGAAGAUGCAGCUCCUCUCCCGGUUCCUCGGAAGCUCACCCAGGAUGAUCUUCUUUCCCAACAAUCUCACACGUCUGCCCUCGGUUCCGUCUGGAAUAAAGCUGGGACAUGGGAGGAGAAGAACCUUAAUAAAUGGGCAAGCAACAGAAUCAAGGAGUUGCUGAUUUCAGUCGGCUCCUUGGUGCUCUCUGGUGGUAAAGCAGAAAUUACUGAAGUAUCAAAAUGUUCAGGCGAUGCAUUCUUGGUGACUGUGCGAAACAAGAAACGUGUUGGCUACACUUAUGAGUUAACAUUGAAAUUCCAAGGGGAGUGGAUCAUCAGAGAGGAGAAAAAAAUGAUCAAGGGUCAUGUGGAUAUCCCUGAAUUCUCGUUUGGUGAGCUGGAUGAUUUGCAGAUUGAAGUGAGACUCGGUGAAGAGAAGGACCUUUUGCAUCAAGAUAAGCUGCAAAUUAGCCAGGAUUUGAAGCAGUUUUUGCAGCCAGUCCGUGAAAAGUUGCUUCAAUUUGAAGAGGAGCUCAAAGACAGGUAGAAGGGGACAUGUCUGGCCUCGUCUCUAUUGAAGCUUUGUGACAGUUAAAUUAAUUGUAGGUUACAAUUUAUGAGACUAUUUAAGAUACAAAGUUUUUCUUGCUGCCAUUAGUAGGAUUUGGCAUAAACUUUAUUGGUUGCAUCCUGCAUUUGAUAAGGGAAUCGACAGGGUCUCACACAUUGUUGUAGUUCUAUUUGAUGAAGAUUUUGGUGGCAGUUUUGUAAACUUUGUUGUAUGUGUCAGAAGAUGGAAUUGAGCAACUGGUUUGCUGUUUCUUUUAAUUUAGUAUUUUCUGCUGGCUGUACAUGCCAACAUGGAAA